GCCUGCGGGUGACGCCGGCUACCGGCAGCAGCCUCGGGACGCCGUCAUCGUCGCCGCGGAAGAGCUUUCUCGCCAUCGUGCUCGUCAUCCUCUUCUUCAAACGACCGUGUCGGAACUUGGGCAAGUUCGUCGUUGCUUUAAUACCAUCGCUCGGUAACGUAUCUUUUUACCUGUUAAUCGCAUCUAAUACUAAUUUCUUCAUGUUCCUGUAGUGUCAGUUUUGAGAAUUUCUUUUACAAAAAUGUAGUAUAUCCAUGUCAAUAACUUUGUCCCCUACUUACUUACUCCCUCUGUCCUAAAAUAUAGGACGUUUUAAGAUUUGGAAAGUCUUUGAAUGAAUAUUUUAACCCUUAAUUUAUUUUACAAUAUAUUAAUUACUACAAAAUUAACAUCAUAUUAAAAUAUCUAUAAAAUAUGUAUCUAUUGAUAUAACUUUUGUACAUUAAAAUAUGCUUAUAAUUUGAUUAAUUGUUGGUCAAAAUUUAUAAAGUUUAAUGUUUCCAAAUCCUAAUACGCCCUAUAUUUUAGGAUGGAGGGAGUAAUAAUCAUCUAUGUCUCCAGUCAAAAAAUAAAUCCAUCUGCUUCAUGCAAAAUUUCAUAUGCAUGAGUGCAAAGCAGUAACACCUCAGUACUUGUACUAAGUUGUUUCCAGUCAAGAUUAUCCUCAACUGUUAAAUGAUUCGAUCGUCCUUUCUCAAGCAAUUAACAACCACCGCUGCAGUGUAUUUCUAUUCUAUUACAGGGGUUAGGGAUGUCAUUUUCAUUUUCCGAGUUUUGUAAUCCCUUGUUCGGAAUUUGGAUGCAGCCAACAGGAAAUCAUCACGGAGUUGAUUCAGGAUCUCACACAGAAAGUGGACAACAUGACACGGUCCUCUCCUAACCACCACAAUCAUGAGCAGCUCACACAAGAGGCAAAUCAGGAAAGGAUCAGUGUUCAAUCUGAUGUGUUGGCUACAAACCAAGGCGAGGGCAAAAGCUCAAACAUUCGGCUGCGUUUCCUCAACGGAAUCAAGACUCCUGUUUACCACGACGACAAGAUAAAACCUGAGAGCGAUGGGGCCAUAAAGAUUGGCAUAUUUGAUGGAGACAAGAUGAUCAAAUCAGGCCCGCUUUCGAAGGCGAAAGUUGAGAUCUUGGCUCUUGAGGGCAACUUUCCUUAUGAUGCCCUGGACAGUUGGACUGAUAAGGAGUUCAAUGAACAUAUAGCCAGGGGCCGGGAUGGAAAAGGAAAUGUGUUGGUGGGUAAAGGAACAACUGCCCGGCUGAUCAACGGAGAGCGGGAUCUUGGUAGCAUCAAAUUCAGAGAAGGGUCAUGCAAGGCUCGCAACGGGAUGUUCUUCAUCGGAGCAAGAGUCUGUGAGGGUCAACCAACUGGUGUCCGGGUUCAGCAAGCCGUCAUGACGCCUGUGGUCGUGCAGGAUCGCAGAAACAAAUCAAAUGAAAAGAGUCAUCCUCCAAAGCUGAAUGAUAGAGUGCAUCGUUUGGAGAAGAUUGCCAAAGAUGGAAAGUACUUCGAGAGACUGGCGAAGAAGAAUAUCCAUACUGUGGAGGACUUUUUAAAGGCAUUAAAUAAGGACCCUGAUAACCUUGCCAAAAUUCUCAAGAUAAAUAAGGAACACGAGGCCUGGGAGAAGAUGAUCGGGCAUGCUAGCAACUGCUGUCUCGAAGGCAAGCACAAGCUGAAAUCGUAUACAUGCGCAGAGAAAAACGUGAAGCUUUUCUUCAAUUGCGUGCACCGUCUUGUUGGCGCAGCAUUUUCUGGUGGUCGUUACACUCCGGCUGACAAGUUUAAUCAGGCUGAACAGGAGUCAGUGGCUGAGUUGAAAGAAGACGCGUACGCUGAACUAGAUGUUCUUCCGGAGGAUCAUGUAAUGGCAGACAACUUUUCUGAGCCAAUUCAUAUGGAUACAUAUGUGGGUUUUGGUGCUGGCCCAUCCUACAUGCCAAAUGCAACACAGCCAAAUUGUCCUGGUCACCUUGCAGCUCAUCAAGUUGGGGGUAUUCCUGCAGUCGAAGAUUUGAGCCAUGCUGAGAUUGAGUCAUCCUGUGCGGACGCGAACAAUGAUCCUGGUCCCAGCUUCUCCAUUCCUGAUCAAGGUCAAGGGGCUCGGCUACUAGUUCAAGAACAUUUGUCCUUGGCUUCCCUAAAUGGUUGGUGUCAGGGCCCUCUUGGAGGAACGAACUCUUCUAUUGGGACAUCUGAGGAAUUAUGCUUUCAAGAAUACCAUACCGACUAUGGCGCGCCUAUUUUAUGCGCACCAGGAUUGGAUCAUCUCGAAACCCAGGUGGGGUUCUUGUGGCAAGGCAUUGACACCUUUGAAGCAUCAACUUCUGCUCACAGAAAUAUGACAUUAGCACCACAGCAACUUGCAACGACUGGAUCAGCUCAAGGUAGCAUGCAGAGCCAGCUGCAAGUUCCCUUGCCCCCCAACAAUGGCGCCACGGAGGCAUCGGCUUCUGCUUUGUAUCUUCGUACAGUCACUGGUGCUCCAGGAUUAGCACAAGGGAGCAUGCAGAGCCAGAUGCAAGCUCCGUUGCCCCCCAGCAAUGGCGCCUUGGAGGCAUCGACUUCUGCUUACCGGACUCUCCCCCAACAGCAAUGGAACAUGUCAUGGAACAGGUCACUCUGACGAUCCCAGGAUCACGUCCCAGCAGCGGCAGCAACAGUUACCACAAAAUGUAAUGCCACGGCGUGUAUAAUUAUGUUCUCUUGUUCUUGUAAUGUAGAAUCUGUACUUGGGUGUGUGAUCCAGCUUUAGGCUUUGUACUGGUGUUAAAUUGAUGCAAACCUCUACUACCUGUAUAUAUGUGGAUAAGUUUGGUA